GGUGCAUUAUCCGGUUAUAUUUCGUGUUUCUGUCACGCUUCACAGACGAAGAGUUACCAGACUUUUUAAUAUAUUGUUAACUUUCUCUUUAAUGUGGUUUUAAGGUAUACAAAAAUCUGGUUAAUUGGAUUUCAGGACUUCUUGGUUCCUUUUCUCCGGUAUUUCUCUGUUUGCGCACCUGAGCCCGCUACUCAGUUUUGUGCAAAAUGACUUUGCAACACGUCUGAGAAACUAAAAACGAUAUCAUGCAUGGUGACAUGCCUGCUGUGGGGAACCUCUGUAAAUGCGCAAUCUCUCACUGUGGAAUAACCAGCGGAGUCCAGGUGUCACCGGGGGAAAGUGAUGUGUGCAGGAGCGCCAGUUUGAUGUCAGCUGGGGUUUGACAGAGCGCAGCAGUUUGGGAUGAAAGAGAAACCUUAAAAAAAGAGACAUUUCCCGGCUACUUUUACCUGGAUUCAACACGGAACCAUGGCUUCUGAGAUGGUGUGCGGGCUGGUCUUCAGGCUGCUGCUGCCUCUGUGUCUUGUUGCUGCUUGCCUGUUCAGGUACAAUGGCCUGUCCUUCGUCUACCUCAUCUAUCUCCUUCUUAUCCCACUCUUCGCGGAGCCCACAAGCACAACAAUGCAAGGCCACACAGGGCGUCUGCUGCAGUCCCUCUGCUUCACCAGCAUGUCUUUCGUGCUGCUUCACAUCAUCUAUCAGAUUACCGUCAACAGCCUCCUGGCCGAGAAGUCCAUCAGCCCCGACUUCAACUGCUUCGAGGUGCAGGAGGAGGGAUAUUUGGCUAAAAUCAUGGUGCCAGAGGGAACCCGGGACGUUCCCCUGGGAGUGCCACUCUGCAUCAUUGUGGAGAGAGAAAGUGAUAUCGCUGCCUUCAAGGAUUAUGUAGAGACCGGAGUGACAGAUGUUGCUGCUCCACCUCCAGCUCCGGCACCGGCUGCAGCUCCAGCAGCUCCCAGUCCUGCUCCAGCCGCCGCUGCCCCCCCCGCAGCCCCGAGGAAGGGUCGUAUGUUCGCCAGCCCGCUCGCCAAGAAGCUCGCCGCUGACAAAGGGAUUGAUCUGGCACAGGUCAGCGGCUCCGGUCCUGACGGGCGCAUCACCAGGAAAGAUAUCGACAGCUUUGUUCCACCAAAGGCAGCACCUGCUGUAGCUGCGGCCCCCGCUCCAGCUGCUCCAGCUCCAGCUGCUGCUGCUGCGCCUCCUGCUGCUGCAGCUGGGACCUUCACAGACGUCCCCAUCAGCAACAUCCGCAAGGUCAUCGCUCAGAGGUUGAUGCAGUCCAAACAAACCAUCCCCCAUUAUUAUCUGUCUGUAGACGUCAACAUGGACCAAGUGAUCGAGCUUCGGCAAGAACUCAAUGCUGAGGUGAAAGCGCAGAAUAUCAAGCUCAGUGUGAACGACUUCAUCAUCAAAGCCAGCGCUCUGGCCUGCCUCAAGGUUCCUGAGUGCAACUCCUCCUGGUUGGACACGGUCAUCAGGCAGAACCAUGUGGUGGACGUGAGUGUAGCAGUGAGCACAGCUAACGGUCUCAUCACGCCCAUCGUGUUCAACGCUCACACCAAAGGGCUCGUUGGCAUCAGCUCCGACGUGUCUGCGCUCGCUGCCAAAGCCAGGGACGGAAAACUGCAGCCGCACGAGUUCCAGGGAGGUACCUUCACGAUCUCUAAUUUAGGGAUGUUUGGCGUCAAGAACUUCUCUGCCAUCAUCAACCCCCCUCAGUCCUGUAUCCUGGCCGUCGGGGGCUCAGAGAAACGGCUGAUGCCUGCUGAUAAUGAGAAAGGGUUUGACGUGGCCAGCAUGAUGUCGGUGACGCUGAGCUGCGACCACCGGGUGGUGGACGGCGCCGUCGGAGCGCAGUGGCUCGCGGAGUUCCGCAAGUUCCUGGAGAAACCGGUCACAAUGCUGUUGUGAUUGGACUGUACUGCCGCUAAACUGCAACAACAGGCAUAGCCUCUCACUGAAGUGAUCCGAUUGGUCUGAACCGGUCUGUUUCCUCCUGUGAUUGGCCGGCCUGCCAACAGGUCACUCCGAGUUACCCUAAAGGGGAGGAAGCAGAACUCACUCCGUUUACCUGUCUGUCUCUCUGUCUGUCUUUCGGUCUUUCUCUCCCCUCGCUCUGUCUCACUCACAUGUAUUUAUUGAGGCCCUGUCUCACGAGAGACCAGAAUUAGGUAUAAUUUAUCCUAGAAUAGAGACUGGUCCAAUGUCACUAAAACAUUGUAAAUGUUUUACAAAGGGAAGUGUUACAAGUCCAACCAGCGAGAAUAUUUACCCCCAAAAAAUUACGAUUGUGUUUAUGAUUUGUGUGUGUGUGUAUGUUUCACGCUUUUAUUUUUAUUUGGUUUGAAUGUCAUAAAGACAACAGGAAGUGCAGCAAGCGGUCUGUAACAGUCAUUUUUAAAAAAGGAUGGGAAUUUUGGAAGAUGGAGCUAAAAGGUGGUUAACUUUGAGACGCACUAAAUCCAGAUCUACACACACACACACACACACACAAAUGCACACAC